AUGUCUAGUCAGUGUCCACAAGAGAGUCAGAUUUUCUGCCGCUGUCUUCUCUUUUGUUGUUUUCUCGUUGAACUUAAAUGCACUCAACCAUUCAAAAUAGCAAUCGGAUUUCAAGUGGGAAACGGGAGUAGUGAUGGAGAAUUUAUCUUGAAAUUUGACUCAAUUAUGGAAGCUUUUAUGAAAAAGCUUUUAAGUUGUUUUUAA